UGUCACUGUCAUUGCUAACCUAAAAACUCUCAAUUGUUUUCGACUAAAAUAAUUUUCCUUAAAACACUUUUUUACUAAAAUCCCUAGCAAAAUGAACCUCUUAUUAAGAAGAAGUGUUAUGCCAUUAUAUAAUAAUGCUCUAAAAAUAUCAUGUCGUUCUUUUGCGGAUGCUGGAGUUAAGGAAAAAAUUGAUAAACUGGUGAAAAACAACAAAGUGGUAGUCUUCAUGAAAGGUGUUCCUGAUGCGCCGAGAUGUGGAUUCAGUAACGCUGUUGUGCAGAUAAUGCGGAUGCACGCGGUACCAUACGACAGCCACGAUGUCCUCUCGAACGAAGAUAUUCGGCAGGGCAUCAAAGAUUAUUCCAACUGGCCGACAAUUCCACAAGUUUUCAUCAAUGGAGAGUUUGUAGGAGGCUGUGACAUCAUGUUGCAAAUGCACCAAUCCGGAGAACUUGUUGAAGAACUGAAGAAGGUUGGCAUUAAAAGCGCUCUGCUGACAGCAGAAGAGAACAAAAAAGAAGGAGCCAAGUAAUUUGAUAAAUGUCUAUAUAGCAUAAUUUAUAAGGUCCUCAAAGAUAUGUUAUACCUAUUAUUGUUUUAAUUUAUCAUUAUUGAUUAUCUCACCUGUUGUGUAAGUAUUAGAUAUUAAUGCUAUAUAGUUGGUAUUAUUUAGCUCCCCUAUGAUAAAUAAAUAGUUACAGCUAAGAGUCUGCGAAAAAUUAUGAUGGAACCAAGUGUUGUACCGGAAACCGACGGACCGGGGGGGUUCAAGAUGUUGACCACUAUACAAGUUUUCGUCCGUAGGCGAUUGCUCAUGGAAAUUUGUUCCUGGUCCGCGGUCUACACUUCUUACUUAGAAAAAAUGGUCACUGUGGUCUUAGUUAAUAUUUUUUCUUCAAAAAGUUUACAUUUUUUUUAUUUUUUUUCUAAUUUAUAUAAUUGACCACAUUUACCAAACUAGACCAGAUGGUAGUGCCAUCAAGUUGGUAGUGUAUACCUAUUAUCUUCAACAUUUACCUGGUAUUACAGUUAAUAUUUUUUUCUCUUCAAAAAGUUUACAUUUUUUUUAAAUUUAUUUUCUAAUUUAUAUAAUUGAACACAUUUACCAAACUAGACUAGAUGGUAGUGCCAUCAAGUUGGUAGUGUAUACCUAUUAUCUUCAACAUUUACCAUUAGACAGUUGUGGAAUUAGAAAAUGUGUGUAGUUCUUUUAGCACCAUCUUGGGAAGGAUAGUAAACUGGUACAUCUAGAUGACAGUCUCAAUUUGACGAUGCGUGUUGCGGAUGACAUAUAUACAUAUGUGUGGUGUGAAUGCACAUUUUAUUUUGACAAAACCUAAGGUGGAUGAGCUUUCUGUAUGAUGACGAAGUCUGCGCUGUGGAUCUGAAGGUAUGCUGUUAUUAUGUAUUUUUAUUUUAUUAGAGAAUAAAAAGAAACACAGUGUUUAAGAGCUUUUUAUUAAAUUAGCUGUACAUUCGAGUUAGUAUACUUUUUGGGCACAUAAUUCAUUCUUAUUUACUGUGCCAAUCUUUCUCAUACGAUAUUGGUUGGAUUAUCAACACAGUCAUUAUUAAAAGACAAAUAUGGCAGAUCAUUUAUUUAGAGUACUCAAACAAAAAAUACUCUCAAAAACGAUAAUCAUAUAAAAAUGAUAAAUAAAUAGAUGCAGGCAAGUUAUGGCAAUCUAUGAUAUAAAUAAUUUGUGUGACACUUCCCUGCAUUUACGAAUUUAGACAGCUUAAAACUUUACGUACCUACAUACCAUCGAAGUACUAUAAAUUACUAAUGGCAGUAAUUAAAAUGAACUUGUAUAAAUAAUAUUUUGCUUAUAAAUAAAAAAAUAUAACAAAAACAUUCUCACAA